AUGCUGAGGUACAGCGCGCCGCGCUUCCCACCACCGCGAGUACCGGAGCAUGAGCCCAGGCGCUACCGAGACGCCGAAGAUCGCGGAGACUUGUACAGCCAGCCACAUUUCCCAGCGCCUCGAGUAGCGGAGCAUGAGCCCAGGCAGCCCAGGCAGCGAGAGACUGCCGAAUACCGAGAUUUGUACAGUGACCCGCGCAGACAAGGCCCAUGGAAUCAAGGCGUGCGUGAGCCAUGGAACGAAGGUGCACGUGAGCACUUCGGAGCUCGCGCCUGGGGCCAGCGGUUUCCUCCUCCGGAUCACUUCGAGCCGCCCAUGCCGCGCUAUGGGCUACGAGCUCCUGAGGGUUUGUCAGUGCCUGGCUUCGAUCUACCCAGGCAGCUCCCUUCAGAGAUCUACAGGGAAGCCGGCUUUGGGCGCGACGAUUUCGUUGCCAGCGAAUCGCACAUGCCACCUCUACUGUCAGUUCCGAAGGAAGUUCCCAAGGAAGAAGGUGGUUCCAAUCAGUUGUACCUCCCUGAGGUGAUAGUUAUGGGAGAUGGUCCUGUUUCUGAGCCGCCAUCCGACCAGGCCCCAGGUGGAAGCACCACGGCCAUGUCACAGUUACGCGCCUGCGAGGCGCAGCUGGAGUUGGCCGCCAAUGAGCUCCAUAUGACGCAGCAGGCAUUGAAGUUGUCCCAGGUGACGCCGGGCCAAGCGCGCGCGGACCUGGCGCAGCUGGAGGCACGUCUGGACCGGCUGCAGUGCCACAGCAUCGAUGCGGUGUCCACAGCCGGGCUUUCAUCUCAGGAUGAAGACGCGGCCCGCACUCUGCGGAGGCACCUCGUAAAGCAGGUGGAGCAGUUGCAAGGCCGCUUAGAUGAAACAUUCGAGAGGUUGAAAGGUCAGUGACGUCUGGACGUCUCGCGCCGUGCUGAGAAUUUGUCAAAGGCAAAGUUGGCAAAUGGUUGCCAGAACUGGAUCUUUGAAUUACAUACGGUAGAUUCAUGUAAAUAAUGUUUUUUGGACUUUGA